UACAUAUAUGCCAGUGACUCUUAGAUUUCAGAGUAUCUGAAUUUCUAGCUUGAAUAUGGUGGACAGCUUCUCCAGUUGGAAUUGUCUUCAGAAUCUUAAUCUUAGUUCUGGGAAAGACUUUGGGAGAAAUGAGUUUCAGUGCUAGAGUUUUCACUGUUUACCUCCUCCCUCUGCCAACAGAUGUGAUGGCACCAAGAAGAAAAGAGAAAUACCAGCUUCCGGUUCCACUGCCAGAAGGCAAAGUUCUGGGUGAUGUGGAAGGAAACCAGUGGGCUCUGGGCAAGAUGAUUGGCUCUGGAGGGUUCGGACUGAUAUACUUAGCUUUCCCCACAAAUAAACCAAGCAAAGAUGCAAGACAUGUAAUAAAAGUGGAAUAUCAUGAAAAUGGCCCAUUAUUUUCAGAGCUUAAAUUUUAUCAGAGAGCUGCAAAAAAAGAAUAUAUCCAAAAGUGGAUAGAACAGAGAAAACUUAAUUAUUUGGGAGUUCCUGUAUUUUAUGGAUUUGGUCUGACUGAUUUCAACGGAAGAAGGUACAGGUUCAUGGUACUGGAGAGACUGGGGACAGAUUUACAGAAGCUGUCAGACCAGAGCGGCACUUUUCAAAAGUCAACCGUCCUGCAGCUUGGGAUCAGGAUGCUGGAUGUACUGGAAUACAUACAUGAAAAUGAAUAUGUUCAUGGUGACAUAAAAGCAGCAAAUCUACUGUUGGGUUACACAAAUCCAGAUCGGGUUUACCUUGCAGACUAUGGACUUUCCUACAGAUAUUGUCCCAAUGGGAUCCACAAACGGUAUCAGGAAAAUCCCAGGAAGGGCCAUAACGGGACAAUAGAGUUUACAAGUUUGGAUGCCCACAGAGGAGCACCCCCUUCCAGAAGAAGCGAUGUUGAGAUCCUUGGAUACUGCAUGCUGCGCUGGCUGUGUGGGAAGCUGCCUUGGGGAGCAAACCUGGAGGACCCUGUGGCCGUGCAGACUGCUAAAACCAAUCUGCUGGACGAGCUCCCGGAGUCGGUGCUUUCGUGGGCUCCUUCUGGAAGCAGUUGCUAUGAACUCGCCCAGUUCCUGAUGUGUGUUCAUAAUUUAGCUUAUGAAGAAAAGCCAGACUAUCAGAGGCUCAAGAACAUUCUGAAUCCCGAUGGAGUACCUUUAGGACCACUGGAUUUUUCCACUAAAGCACAGAGUGCCCACGUGCGGACUCCAGCCCGUCAAAAGGUUGAUUCACCAAAAGCCACAACAAAACCAGCCACCAAGUUUCCAGCUAAGUUCCCAGAGAGAGUCUGCAGAGAGCCAAGUGCACCACGGAGAGAGGAGUGUGAAGAGAGCCAGCCCGGCAUGCUGCUGAGCAGAGCAGUGGGACAGGAAAACUCGAGGAGAAGAACAGUAUAUGAGAACUCUGAUCUUCUGAGUGAAAUGCACAGUUUUCGGCAGCCACCCAGCUAUAUGAGUUCCCAAACUUCGUAUCGUAAGCCCUAUGUGGACUGUGCUCAGAGAGAUGCAGUCAGGAAGCCGAGACCCCUGCCUCCGCACAGAUGCACAUCCCCGGGCGAUGUGCACGGCACAGACCUGGAAAAACCCCCAAGGCUGUGGCAUGCAGUUUUUCCGUUGACCCUGAGCGAAGAGACAAAGACGGAGGUGUACUGCUACGGACUCACUGCAUUCUGUCUGCUGAUAUUAGUAUGUCUUGCUUUGUAUUUUCUCUAAUGUCACCAAAUAAAUUGUUUCUUGUUUUUUAACAAUUCUUAACAUUCCAUCUCCUCACAGGUGUGUUUUAUUCUUUCUUCAUGGUUUUCUUCCAGACAUUUUUAAGGUAAUUG